AUGGGUGGUGAAACUACCGAUGAAUCGAUGUCGGAUGGUGAAAAUGACCAAAUAAGAAACAAACAAAAAUCGAGAAAAACAAUAAUUAAACAUGUAAUUCAAAAAUACAGGUCACAAUGGGAAAAACAACCUCAAUUUCGACUGUGGCUUUGUCCCGAUAAUUCGAAUGUAUUCUGGGCAACUCUCAAACAUGUAGCUCGUUGUACGGAUGUCCGUCCCGAAGUCCAGGAAACGGUUGAAAAGUUUGUGUCUCCACCGAUACAGGAAAACGCGCAAAGAGCAGAACUUUUAUUGUGCGGGUUUUUGGCGGCUCACAAUAUUCCGUUCUCGGUUAUGGAUCACCUUUCCGACGUGUUGAAGAAGUGUUUCAUUGACUCGAAAAUCGCCGAUUCGAUGACGCUUAAGAGAAGUAAAGCAGCUGCUAUCGUAAAAAAGGUUAUCGGUGAAACGCAAAAGGAGCGUCUGAUAAAAAAGUUAAAAACGAACAAGUUUUCAAUUUUGACCGACGAAUCCACGGACAUCGCAGCAAUCAAGACAUCUUGUAUCGUAGUGCGGUAUUUUGAUGAAAACAUCGGUAAAAUCACAAGCCAAUUUUGGGACUUAGUGCAACUAUUUGGUACGGACAACCCUUCAUCAGUAGACUCUGGCAUCAGCGCAACUGCUGAACGAAUAUUUAACGUCAUUCUGGAAUCGUUAGAUAAACACAAGAUUCCUCGUGACAAUAUAAUCGGAUUCGGUUCUGAUGGCUGUAAUACAAUGAUGGGAAGUAAAAAUUCAGUAGCUAGUCGCUUCCGUGAUACGUGUCCGGGGAUUACAAUCUCGAAGUGCGUGUGCCAUUCUGUACACAUAUGCGCGAGUGAAGCCUGCAAAAUGUUGCCGCGCAAUUGUGAAGACCUUGCGCGUAAUAUUUACAAUUUUUUCAAAAAUAGCAGUAAACGUCAGUGUAAAUUUGUACAAUUCCAAAUGUUCACAAACUCGGAAGUUCACAUAUUGCACCCAUCCCAAACACGUUGGUUGUCACUUGCAGCAGUUGUUGACCGAAUAUUGGUGUCCGAUAAUGCUUUGCGUCUCUUUUUUUAUCGCAAAUGGCUCAGUGAACAACUGGUAGCAGUUGAAGAAAUCCAUCGCCUGUUGAACGAUUCUUUUAUGAAAGGAUUUUACUUAUUUCUUCAAUGGGCUUUGCUGAAGUUCACUAAUUUGAACAAAUACUUCCAAUCGGAAAACGUAAUAGUAACAAGCAUUCAUUCGCGUAUGAUUGUUGUGUACAAGGACCUUCUGAACUGCUACAUGAAAAGGGGGUACGUCGUGAAAACGCCUUUGCAAGACAUUGAUCCGGCUCAUAUCGAAGAAUACGAAAAGCUCGAAAAUCUGUAUUUAGGUGUUGGAGUCAUGGAACACCUGAAAGAAGCUGAAUUAUUCCAUUAUCCAGAUAUGGUAAUGGAAUUUAAGAAACGGUAUCGUGAUUUUCUCAGCACAGGUUGUAUUCAAAUCAGGAAGCGCUACGAUUUUGGUGACACGGUACUUUCGGUGAUCUCACUGCUAAGCCCAGAAAAAGCUUUAUCAGCUGCAAAAAGGGAUGUAACACCGUCUUUGAUACCGUUGACUACGAAACUACCACGACUAAGUCGAGAUGAUGCUCCACGACUAUAA